AUGGCCGGCUUGUCGCCGCCAAGGCGGACGAUGUCCUUGGGAAGCGGCUCCCGGCGGGCGGCGGCCGCCGGCAUGGCCGGCCCCAAGCCCGGGCUCGCCCGGUCCGUGACCCUGGGCAGCGAGCGCACGGUGAAGCGGCUGCGGCUGUCCAAGGCGCUGACGAUGCCGGAGAGCACGACCGUGCUGGAGGCUUGCCGGCGCAUGGCGGCGCGUAGGGUGGACGCCGCGCUCCUCACCGACUCCAACGCCUUGCUCUGCGGCAUCCUGACCGACAAGGACAUUGCUACGAGGGUGAUCGCCCGCGAGGUCAGGAUGGACGAGACGCCGGUGUGGAAGGUGAUGACGAGGCAUCCGGUCUUCGUCCUCUCCGACACGCUUGCCGUGGAGGCGCUGCAGAAGAUGGUCCAAGGCAAGUUCAGGCACCUGCCGGUGGUGGAGAACGGGGAGGUGAUGGCCAUGCUCGACAUCGCCAAGUGCCUCUACGACGCCAUCGCCAGGAUGGAGCGGGCGUCCGAGAAGGGGAAGGCGGUGAUCGACGGCACCGACAAGUACCACUCUGGGAGUAACCCGAGCUCGUUGCUAGAGGCAUUCAAGGAGCAAAUGUUGAGGCCAUCCUUGUCGACAAUAAUCACUGCUGACUCAACGGUUGUGAUCGCAGCGCCGGGCGAUUCGGUGCUCGCGGCGACCAAGAUGAUGGUGGAGGCGCAUGCGAACUCUGCCGUCGUGGCCGUCGGGAAUAAACCUCGGGGCAUCCUCACCUCCAGGGACAUCUUGAUGCGAAUGAUCGCCAGGAACCUCCCUGCAGACUCAACCCCGGUCGAGAAGGUCAUGACUCUUGACCCCGAGUGCGCGACGGUCGACACGCCGAUACUGGAUGCUCUCCGGACAAUGCAGGAGCGCAAGUUCUUGCAUCUUCCCGUGAUGGACAGAGACGGUUCCAUCGUCUGUAUCGUCGACGUGAUCGACAUCACGCAUGCCGCCAUCUCCAUCGUUGAGAGCAGCGGCACCGGGGACGAGGCGACCAUCUCGAUGAUCCAGAGGUUCUGGGACUCCGCCAUGGCCUUGGGCUCGAUGGAUGACGAGACCGAAACCCAGUCUCUGAUGAGCGACGCGACCAGGUCCCAGAUUUUUUUUGAAAAGGAGGCGGCCAGGUCCCAGAUGAUGUCCGAGGUCAUCCACGAGGCGGCCGAGCCGCCGUACCCCGCUCUCUUCUCCUUCAAGCUCCAGGACAGGCGAGGCCGGAUGCACCGCUUCAGCUGCGAGGUGCAGAGCUUGACGCCGCUGGUCACCUGCAUACUCCAGAGGCUCGGCACCGACAUCGACCGCCACCGUCUGCCUCAGAUCCUGUACGAAGACGAGGACCGGGACAUGGUGGUGCUGGCGUCGGACGACGACCUCACGGCGGCGGUCGACCACGCCAGGCUCUCCGGAUGGAAGGGUUUGAAGCUCUUCUUGGAUUACUCUGGCGGCACGCCGGGUCGGAGAAGCCUGGCAUCUAACAACGGAACGACGACGAUGGACCUGGCCAGCCGGGAAGCGUGGUCGGCGGCCUACGGCGGGGUCGCGGCCGGGGCUGCCCUGGUCACCGGCCUCGGGGUAAUGGUCUAUCUGCGAAGAGCCGGCUAG